AUGGAUUUGAAUGCAGGUUCAGAUAUAUGUGGGGGUCAAUGCAUCAAUAUCAGAAGUUCAGAACAAUAUUGUGCAGCAAGUCCGUGGCCUUAUAAACAGUUCAGGAAAGGUGAUUCAACUUCCGAACUGCACCGGCAGGCAACGCGUGAUCUUGAGUCAGCUGUCUCUGCCUGGCACUCUAGUUUCUGCCGUUUAAUAAAAUUUCAACGGGAUUUCAUCCGCUCCCUCCAUGGCUGGUUCAAGCUCACCCUUCUUCCUGUCAGCAAUGACUAUGUUGAUGGCAAUGGCCACGCACAGGUCUCUGAUGCAUAUGCAUUUUGUGACGAGUGGAAGCUUGCUCUUGACCGAGUCCCUGACACAGUAGCUUCUGAAGCUAUCAAAAAUUUUAUCAAUGUUGUCCAUGUUAUAUCCGUUAAACAAUCAGAAGAGAUUAAGAUUAAGAAGCGGUCCGAAACUGCAUCGAAGGAUCUUGAGAAAAAGACAUCAUCUCUCCGGAACAUAGAGAGGAAAUUCUACCACUCGUACUCUAUGGUUGGUAUCGACCUUCCUGAUUCUGGGCCUGAUCAUGGGGCAGGUACUGGAUGCUCGGGACCCCCUUGCCGAGAAAAAAUCUGA